AUGCAUUUCUCACUUUUCGUUGCAUACGGUCUCUUGACUGGAGUGAUUGCCGCUCCAGCUCCUCAGAAAAGACAUGUUGUUCAUGAGCGAAGAGAUCAAGCACCUCGCAAUUGGCGUAGAGAGAAUCCAUUGCACCCGGAUUCAAGCCUCCCAAUGCGAUUUGCCAUCACCCAAAACAACUUGCACAAUGCCGAAGCAUACUUGAUGGAUGUCUCCGACCCAUCUUCUCCAAACUUUGGCAAUCAUUGGAGUGCGAAGAAGGUCGCUGAAACCUUUGCCCCAAGUGCUGAAUCGCUUAGAGCAGUAACUCAAUGGCUUGCAGAGUAUGGAAUCAAAAGCGACCGCGUGAAGCAGUCGCAAAGUCUCAAUUGGAUUCAUGCCAAUGUUACUGUUGCAGAAGCAGAGUCUCUUCUCAACACCAAGUACUACUCUUAUACACAUGCGGAAAGUGGCCAAACCGCCGCUGCUUGUGAUGACUACAGCGUUCCUGAAAACGUUCGCAAACACAUUGAUUUUAUUACACCAACACUGCACUUCGAUGCAAAGGUUGUACCUCAAAAGGAGAAGCGAGAUUUGAGUACUCGUCAGAAAGGUCAGCUUGCCAGAAGAGCAAUUGGUGAGGGCCACAGAGUGGGAUCACCAAAUGAUCCAUCAUUACCCAAGCAAGGCAAAAUUGUUUCCACUACAUCACACGCUAAACUACAAGCUUCGGCGUUGACAACUUGUAAUACACACAUCACACCCGAUUGUCUUCAAGCUUUGUAUGAGCUUCCAAAAGAUGCUCCUUUUGCGGAAGGAAAUUCAUAUGGUAUUGUCGAAUAUACGCCACAGGCAUAUCUUCCUCGGGAUUUGGAUCUGUUCUUUGGUAACUUCUCUCCUGCACUUGUCGGGUCUAGACCUGUCUUCGAUUCCAUAGAUGGAGGUGUUCUUCAGACAAUUGUUGAGUCCUUCAGCUAUAACGGAGAAUCAGACUUGGAUUUCGAAUACGGGAUGGCACUUGCAUACCCUCAAGAGGUAACAUUAUAUCAAACUGGAGACAUUGCGCAGGGAGCUUCAUUCAACAACUUCCUUGAUGCUAUCGAUGGCGACUAUUGUACAACAGAUGGCGGUGAUGAUCCAGAUUACGAUGCCGUCUACCCUGAUCCAUACGGUAACACCAGCUACUAUUACCAAGGACCUGCGAACUGUGGUGGAUUCGCUGCUACCAACGUUAUUUCUACAUCCUAUGGUUAUGACGAGACUGGUCUUUCCCCCGCCUAUGAGAUUCGUCAAUGCAAUGAAUAUCUUAAGCUAGGUCUUCAAGGUGUCACCGUCUUGUAUUCUUCUGGUGAUUACGGUGUUGCGGGCAAUGGAGGCGCAUGUGGCGCUGGCAACACAUUCAACCCUUCGUUCCCUGCCUCAUGUCCAUAUGUUACAGCUGUCGGAGCUACCCAAGUCAAGCCAAACGCUACUGUUACUCAACCAGAAGAGGCUGCUGAGUCCGUCAUCUAUUCUGGUGGAGGAUUCUCCAACGUCUUCUCAACUCCCGACUACCAAACUGAUGCCUUAGCAACCUACUUUGCCGAGCAUCUCCCACCUUACACAUCCGCCCAAUACAACAACUCCCAAGUGACCCGCGGCUUCCCAGACAUCUCCGCCAACGGCGUAAACUACGUUGUUGCUGUCGACGGCGUGUUCUCUCUCGUCUACGGCACCUCUGCUUCUGCUCCCGUGGUUGGCGCCAUCUUUACCUUAAUCAACGCUGAGCGUAUCAAUGCUGGAAAAGCGCCUAUUGGCUUCGUCAACCCGGUUUUGUAUGCUAAUCCAGGUGUAUUGAAUGAUAUCACUAGUGGAGGCAACCAAGGUUGCGACACUGCUGGAUUCACGGCAGUGGAGGGAUGGGAUCCCGUUACUGGUCUCGGAACACCCAACUACCCCAAACUUCUUAAACUCUACCUCUCACUUCCUUAG